AUGCGGCCUUCCUCUGCAUUGAAUAAGACUUCAUCAAGUAGUGUUCGUUUAACUCCGGUGAGAGAGAGGGAUGGCAGACCCCUCACUACUAAGGCUCAGAUGGAAGUACCCGGACCAGGAAAUUAUAAUAUAAAAUCAUCGAUUGGAGAAGGAACAAAAGUUUCCCUUCAUGGAAGAUAUGGCGAUGUGAUUGAGAGAAGAGCAGGACCAGGACCUGGUUCUUAUACAACCCGAGGAGACUUUGAGAUGGAUCAAAGCGUUCGAUCAAGAAAAGGAUUCAGUUUAAGUUCUAGACAUAAGGAAAUAGCCUCUGGUGCAAAUCCAGUAGGUCCUGGUGCUUAUACUUUACCUUCAGAGUUUGAACAAUCACCAAGAAAGGGAUUUUCAAUUUCUGGAAGAACAUCAUCUGCAUCCAAAAUCAAUAAUCCAGGACCAGGAAGCUACUUUAAGGAAAAUAGUUUUCUAAAUAAUCAAUCACCAAAGUAUUCAUUAUCGGGAAGACACUCCAUUUCAUCAGCAAUUAAUCCAGUAGUAGGACCAGGAUCAUACAAGUCAAAAUCAGAUUUUGAGAUCUCUUCAAAGGGAUUUUCAAUUUCAGGAAGAACUAAAUCAAACACAAAAUCAUUUGUUCCUGGGCCAGGUCAAUAUUCUCUAGGCACUGAUUUCAAUACAGAAGGAAAGAAGGGAUUUUCUCUUUCCUAUCGUCAUAAGGAAUUAUCCCCAACAAGUGUAGUACCUGGACCUGGUGCAUAUACUGUUCCUACAUCAUUUAAUGGUUCACAAAGUGCAAGUUUUAAGGGAAGGACGAAAGAAAUGAAUGGCAAAUUUGAUAAUCCAGGUCCUGGAGCUUAUCAAUCUAAAUCCGAUUUUGAACUAGGAAAGAAGGGAUUCAGCCUUUCUGGAAGACAUAGAGAUAAUUCACCAAAUUCUUUUUCUCCUGGGCCAGGUGCUUAUCAAAACAAAUCAGAUUUCGAAUCUCAUUAUGGAUCACCUAGAUUUUCAUUCUCUGGAAGACACAGAGAUAUGUCACCAAAUAACACAUCUGUUGGACCUGGAAGUUACAACUUGCCAACAGAUUUCAAUAAUAGUCCAAAGAAAGGAUUUUCUCUGUCGUCUAGACACAGAGAUUUAUCCCCAACCAGUGUAGUACCUGGACCUGGAGCUUAUCAAAACAAAUCAGACUUUGAGGGGUCAAUGAGAUCUCCAAAAGGUUAUUCACUUUCAGGAAGAACGAGUCUAGCUAACAGGUCGAUGGAAGGUGUUCCAGGACCUGGCCAAUAUUCUCUUGGAAGUACAAUUGGAACAUCACCAGCCCAUGUAUUUGGUACUGGAAUUUAA